UCCGUGUUGUUGCUGCGGUGACGCGACAAAACGCGCGGUUCUUUUCUCAGGUAGGAUGUGAUGGUGUUUGGUGGUGUUGGUGUUUGGUUGUAGUUCUUUACACUUAAACACAAUGUAAUGAAAUAAACCCUGUGAGUUUCUACCUCAAAGUGUCACCGGUAACACGACGUGUUCCCGCCGCCGCUUACAACUAAAACAAAUCCAGCAUUUCCUGACGUGAGCUAGCAAACAUCGAGCUAGCCGACUUUGAACCCAGCAGUUAGCAAACGUCGAAGCUAGCUGACGCUCUUCACGUCCAAGCGCGGGCCGCUAGCUAAAAUCUGGCUAGCAGCGCACUGGGAGAGGAAACUCACCAAGGCCCAUGUGUUUGAAUGUAAUCUGGAGGAAACCAUACAAGACCUCAUCUCUCCAAAGAUGAAAAUCGGUUUACGCACGUUUGGUCACCUGCUCCUCGGGGUGGUCAGGAUCUACUCCAGGAAAGCAAAGUAUCUGUUUGCAGACUGCAACGAUGCUCUGGUUCAAAUGAAAAUGGUGUUCAGACCAGGUCUGACCGAUAUGCCUGUUGAAGGGCUCGAGGCAUCGCUAACGGCAAUCACCUUGAUCGAAGAUUUCACUUCUUUUGACGCCCAGCUGCCACCUCUCAGUAACAUAGAUGUCGUGGACCACUUCGCACUGAACCAGGGUCGAACAGAGGAAAUCACUCUGAAAGAGGAUUUUGGAAAUGACACUCUGACCCUGGUGGAUGUCGAAGGCGAGUCUAACAACCACCAGAACGCACUGCUGGACAUGAGCUUCCAUAGCCUGACACAACAGGGAGAUGCCUUUGGAGAUGAGGACAGAGUGUUCGACUUACUCGACUUUCUGACACACUCCAGCGAUCACAUUGAGUCCACCAACUUCAUCUCGGAAGAGCCUCAUAAUGAAACUCCAGAGAACUCCCCACUCGAUUAUCAACAAGAUGUUGACAGUAUAGAUCCAGUUGAGGGAGAGACCUCUACACUGAAUGAGACGAGCUUGCUCAAUAAUGAGGCGGCCUUUGCACUGGAACCUGUGACAGCCACUCCAAACUUGGAGAAGAAGAGGGAAAAGAGGAAACGCAAGUUGGUCGUGGACAAGAGCAAAGAGCUGAGCAACAAAUUUAUCAGAGAGCAGCUUUUGGACUAUUCAGAUUUGAUCGCCCCACUGGACAUGGCCCCGCCCACUGUGCAGCUAAUGCAGUGGAAGGAGAGGGGGGGGGCAGACAAACUUUUUGCACAGACAUGUUCCACUAUAGUGACUCCACAGAUAAAAGAGCUCUUUGCUAAGAGUAUUUUCCCGGUGAAAUGUUUUGUUUGUGAGGAGGUUGAGGAGAUGCGUCAGGACAGACAUGAAGUUCAGCAGGACCUAAGCGUCCGCACCUCAGACAAGAUCAGUGUCAUGGAUUCAUCAGUCAAUACUAAAAAAUCAAACAACGCUGAACCGACAGUUCUCGAUCAACUGAACAACGACCUGAGUGAGGAUUACUCAUAUCCCACACAAGAUCAAAACAUGUCAGAGUUCUUUUAUCCAGAACUUCCAUCUGAAGACUCCAUGUUUGUCCAUCCGUCUCGCGUGGAGCUGCAGACUCAGUCAACGCCCCUGCACACUCAGUCUAUGCUGGACAGCCAGGAUUUUGAGGAGAGGAGGAUAAGCAAGCGAGCACACACGCUUCUGAAAUGCCUGAAAAGCAGCGGUGAUACCACAUUCAGCAUAGAGGCGCUCUGUGAAGGGGGCAAUCGCUCACAGGCAGCAACCACUUUCUUCUGUCUGCUCGUCCUGAAAAAAGAACAAGCCCUACACCUGCACCAGAGCGCCCCCUACGAGGACAUCUUUGCCACACCAGGACCCAAGUUUCAGGAUUUGUAAAAUGCAAAUAAGCCUCAGAAGAUGACAGCUUUGGUUCAUGGUUAAGUUAAAGUCUUUGUUCUAAUGGUGCUACAACAAUAGCAAAGGAGAAUGUUUGCUGAAAUAUUGAUAUAUUUUUGUGUCUUUAAGGUUGUACAUAUUAUAUGUGCUUGUUCUUAGCACUGGUGCGGUUUAUUAAUGAAAGAACAUUUUGUCUAAAACAUUCUGUCACAAUGUUUGUUUAGUCUCUGACAUCACACACCAUCUCACAGCAGGUUCAGGCUUUUAAAUCUUUUUAAGUGAGGAUCUCAAAGAUCCUCUGAGUUUAUUUAUUCUUUUAAAAGUCAUUUAAUAUCAGUAACAUCUGGGGAUAAGCAACAGUUCCUGAGGAUCUUUUGGUACAGCACCUUCCUGCACGUUCAGUUAGUGUUUUACUCCAGUUUUUCUUUAUCGCGGACUGUUGCUCCUCACAAAGUCGAACUUAAAACACAGAAGCUCAAGAUCCCGUAAAAACCUGCUGUGCACCAGGUGUCACUGAAGUUGACAUUUUGAUUUGAAGACAAUUUAAAGUGGAGGAUUUAUUGACAUUGUUGGUUAAUGGCCAUCUGUUCUUUAUUCUUAAAAAAGUAUCUGUUUAACAGUAUUCUGUUUCAGGGAGUAAAAUAAAUAUUUGC